CUGAGAUUGCACAUGCACAACAACACAAGAGACAGGAAACUGAGGGCUGGGCACACUCCAGAUAUUUUCCUUUCAUUCCUAAUUGCUCUUCUUUCAGGUCAGUCCGUGCAGGGUCACAUAUCUUUUUGACAAACACCUUGCAUUUGCGCUUGUAGAUGAUUUUUAUUCCAUGCCGGUAACAAAGAACGUGACGCAACCGUGCUGAUCUCAAUCUCAAGAAGAAGAGGUGAUACAAGAAAAGUUACAAAAAAGUUCCAGUAGCAGUAAACGUCGUCGGCGAGAGGAGAAUAAAGAUUCCGAGAUGAGCAAAGGAUUUCAACAUAACCAAAUUUUCAAAAUUGUCUCCAUGAAGGAUAAGACUGUGAUUGAAGCUAUCAGCGGAAGUGCAAGCAACAGCAACAAUCCUCCCGUGGUUGCGAAAAAGUGGUCAAAUGCUCAAAGUCAGAAAUUCAAAGCACUCUUAGUUCGACCUGGUGAAUUUAGAUUGUCCUCGUUAUUGGAUGAAAGCAUGUCAUUAGCUUGGGAUUGCGAACCUUCUGACCGCCUGUUGUUCCAAAGUGCUUGGGAAAACAGGCCAUUUCAGACAUGGUUUGCUGAGGAAAUUCAUCCAAACAGCAAAAUUUGUGUAAUUCGACCUAAUGCUGACUCACAAAUGUGCCUUCGGAACAUGGGGGUGGGGAAUCAAAUUUCAUUAGUCGAAGAGAAUCUUGGCGAUGUGAACCAGCAUUGGAAACUGGAGUCCAAGUAUUGACAAUGACUGAAUGACUGACUACCUUAUCCAAUUUCAUCACAGUAUUUUAGCCUCAGAAACUCACGCCGUCCAAAAGAAAUAGAAUUAGCAGUAUUUUUUCAUGUUAUUAACUAAUGUUUUUCAAAAAUAUUGACUGACUGUCCUUAGAAUCCAUGAAUUAUUAUUUAAAUUAACUGAAUUUUGUAUACAUUUUCAAGUACAUGACAUCCAAGUCAGUGAACAAGUACAUAAUAUUAGUAGUGAAAGUAUACGCAUUAUUAAAAUGUUACUGUUAGUUUCGGAAUAGGUAGUAACUUAUUGCUCCUCAGCUUCGAAUGUGUUCACUCAUAGAAUAAGAUUUCGUUUGUUCGUCUCUUCCAAAUAAGGAGGAAGUGAGUAUCCUACUCAACCUAUAAAUCUAUGCAAGUGGUGCUAAUAAUUAAUUUAAACUGUGGGCAUGCAAAGAUGCAAUAGUCAACAGUUGAUCUCAAGAACUGCCUAUAAUUUAUAUGAUUGAUGACUAUAGCUCAACAAUACUGAGCUUGACUCCAAAUGAAGUUUGCAACCAAUGCCAUUAAUUUUAUGAAUCAAUAAACAUUAAAUUAAUUAUGUUUCGACAA